AUGAGCGAGGUGUUCGAGGGCUACGAGCGGCAGUACUGCGAGGCGUCCGCCUCGCUCUCCCGCAAGUGCACCGCUGCCUCCGCCCUCGAUGGAGAGAAGAAGAAGCAGAAGCUGUCCGAGAUCCAAUCCGGCAUCGAGGAAGCUGAAUCGCUGAUUCGGAAGAUGGACCUGGAGGCAAGGAGCCUACAGCCUAGCAUUAAGGCUGGUUUGCUUGCAAAGCUGAGGGAGUAUAAAUCUGACCUUAACAACGUCAAGAGUGAGCUUAAGAGGAUAUCAGCGCCCAAUGCCAGGCAGGCUACCCGGGAGGAGCUCCUGGAGUCUGGAAUGGCUGAUACUCUCGCGGUGUCUACUGAUCAGAGGGGAAGAUUGAUGAUGACAACUGAAAGACUGAAUCAGUCCACUGACAGGAUUAAAGAGAGCCGAAGAACUAUGUUGGAGACAGAAGAACUUGGUGUCUCAAUUCUUCAGGACCUUCACCAACAGCGACAGUCACUACUACAUGCUCAUACUACUUUGCACGGAGUUGAUGAUAACAUUGGCAAGAGCAAGAAGAUCCUGGCUGCAAUGUCAAAGAGGAUGGAUAGGAACAAGUGGAUCAUUGGAGGAAUUAUCACGGCUCUCGUUCUGGCCAUCCUUCUCAUACUCUACUUCAAGCUCGCUCAUUAA